AAAAAGUUGGGGACGCAAACACGUAGCUUCAUUCUUUUUAUACGGAGUAUGUCAUAGCUGUAUGUAGAAAAUGUGGAUGAAUUGCAAACACGUAGCUUCAUUCUUUUUUGGAAACUUAUGGUUGGGAUCAUGGAGCAUUGGAGCUCAAUAAUACAUUCGUAUUUUGGAGGCUUUUACUCAUUCGGAUAUCCAACUUCCGAAUUGGAAGUCACAUUUUAAAAAAAAAAUCUUCUCUCAUUCGGAAUUGGAACUUCCGAAUCAAAGUGUGAGACCAACCUAAUUCAUUCGCAAUUCUGUAUUCCGAAUCCCGUCUUUUAGUACCCUAAGAGGAACUCCCGUCUUUUUGCAUGGCUUGUUCAAAACCCCCGUGUUUUUGUCAUUCUCUCUGUUUUUUCCCGUGUUUUUACCUUGCAUGUUGGCUUUUCCCGUGUUUUGAGAAAACGCCCGAUGUUCAAAGCUAGAUAUUACCCUCGUAGCUCUUUAAGUGUGGCUCUAACCCGUCAUACAUUUGGAGGAGCAUAUGGGAGGCCAAGCCUGCAAUAUUGGCUGGUUACCGGUGGCGGAUAGGAGAUGGGAAAUCAGUACAAGUUUGGUCUGACCCUUGGCUCCCGGCCUGAUCCAGUUAACCCGAGAGUUACAACAACCCCUCUGGGGGGCCUCGAAUUGUGUCGUGUAGAGAAUUUAAUGGAGAUUGGAGUGCGCAGGUGGGACGACUACAUUGUAAAGGACAUUUUCAACUCGAGGGAUAGGAGUCUGGUAGCUAGUAUCGCCCUUAGUUACAGAGAUGUCCCUCAAGAGUUGUUAUAGAUACUUGUGGGGUGAAGUCGAACAAGUAGGUUGGAAGGGGUGGACUAAAAUGUGGAACUUUUUUAUUCCCCCAAAAGUCAAGCAUUUCUUCUGGCAGGUUUGCUCCGUAAAGUUACGAGGAAGAAGGGUGGAUGUUCCAGACAAGUGUGUGUUGUGUUUAGAUGGAGCGGAGUCUAGCAAUCACUUAUUCCUACAAUGCUCAUUAGCAAGGAGUUUCUGGGAGCAGAAGGGGUGGCUUGGAGUUGGCAGCAGAGAUAUGGCAUUUUUAGAGUGGGUUAGGAAUUUUUUCUCAUCUAAAAAUGAAGAGCAAAGUUGUGAGAUGAUCAUGUUUUGCUGGAGUGUUUGGCAAUUUCGGAACAGGAAAGUGUGGCACAAUGAGAAUGUUGACGUGGACAAGGUUGCAGCUCUGUCUAGAGCUUUCCUUCAGGGGUGGCAGCAGGCUCAAUUCCAAGGGGGUGCAGCUCGGGCCAGAUUAAGGGAGGGGACCCAGGUGUGGAAAAAACCUGCAAUUGGGAGGUUUAAAAUGAAUGUAGAUGCAGCAAUCGGGGCUGAUGGUAAACGAGGGCUGGGUUGGGUUAUCCGGGAUUCCUCGGGGAUAUUUGUGGCAGCAGGAUGGCUGAAGCACUUGGAAUUCGGGAGGCCCUGAGUUGGCUGAAAGGCUUGCAAUGGGAUAAUAUCGAUAUUGAGUCGGAUGCGUUGCUAGUUAGUUCUGCAAUUCAAAUGGGGGGCGCGCGCGCGGCUGCUCUCAAUUUGGCCUAGUUAUUGAAGACAUUAAAGUUUCAAUUCGUGAUUUUAAUAACAUUUCUUUUGCUUUUGUUAGGCGAUCUGUGAACCGUGCCGCUCAUGAUAUAGCUCGGGUGACCGUUUCUUUGUCUGGUCGCCAAGAUUGGUUUCAUUUUCCUCCUCAUUGUAUAGUAUCCUUAAUGCGUUAACUUGUUAUUGCAAUGUAUUGCGAGUGUUUUAUGAAAACUUAAAUAAAACUUAUUUACA